CGGCCCGGAACCCUCGGCGCGGGCGCGGUUUCCGCGGGCGGCGCGCGGCGGCCCCGCCAUGGCGGCGGAGGGGGAGGACCCGCUGGGCUACUUCGCGGCCUACGGCAGCUCCAGCUCCGACUCGGAGCCCGAGGAGCCGCAGCCCGACGAGCGCCCGGCGGGAGCCGGCGCGGCCUCGGGCGGCGCCCCGGGGCGGCCGCGGCUGCCGCCGCCCGACGAGCUCUUCCGUCGGGUGUCGCAGCCGCCCGCCUUCCUCUACAACCCGCUGAACAAGGAGAUCGACUGGGAGAGCCGCGUCCUGCGGGCGCCCGAGGAGCCCCCCAGGGAGUUCAAGGUGUGGAGGAGCAACGCCGUGCCCCCGCCGGACACCUACAGCCCGCCCGAGAAGCCGCCGCCGCCGGCCCCCGCCCUCGACAUGGCCAUAAAGUGGUCCAACAUCUACGAGGACAAUGGGGACGACGCGCCCCGGCAGGCCGGCAAGGCCCGGUUCCUGCCGGACGAGGAGCAGGAGCCGCUGGAGUCGGAUGGUGAAAAAGACGACGAACCAGCUUCCGCUAAGAAACGUAAAGUAGAGUCUGGAGAACAGGCAAAGAAGAAGAAGAAGAAGGUAUAAGCAGGGCAUUUUGGAUUUAGACAUAAGAAUUUCAAGGAACUUGGAUUUCUCUGCUGGAAUGGGACACAAAUACGUGUUUACUACAUUUCUCUCUCGGGUAGGGAAUUUUAUUUCUGUAGUAUGCUUGCCUUUUGGAAAGCACAAAAUUAAGUGGACAGUGUUGUGGUAGAACUUGUUUACUGAACAAAAUUUAAACCUGUUUAUUUGAAACAAGGAUUUAGAUUAAAGAUCCAUUGCCAUGGAUACUUGUGCUCAUGCAGGUUACAGGGCUUCACAGUAUUUUGUUUAUCAAGAAACCUGGUAACGUGCAUUUUUCUGGACUGACUUUUCCAUUGUGUCAAAACCUUUUAUAAAGGAGUAUAUACUAAAGAUUUUUUUAGGUACUGGUCUGUGAUAUGUUCACAUAAUGUUGUUUUUAAAUAUAUGUAUAGACUGCAAAUAGUCACUGGAAUAAAACUACAUUUGAAAACAUCUGUGGUAUAAAUAUUGCAUUGCAUGCUUGGUGAAUAGGAGCAAUGAAUUCUGUAUUAUAUGCCAUUCACUGAUGUGUGACUUAACAGAUUCCUCAGGGCUUUUUUGUUUAAAUAAAUACAGAACUACAAACUGAAAAAAAUGGACCUAAAAUUGAGUUUAAUAUUUUAUAAUUAUUUUGAUGUUACGGGAUCUCCAUCAGUGAAACAUGAGACCAACUGAUGGAGGGAGAAUUGAAGCAUGUAAUGUGUUCUUCCUGAAACAGAAAAUAGAAUCAAGAUAUUUAUGUGGACAAAAAUUAUGACAAAGCUGUGGUAGAGUCUUUGCUGCCAAAUUGUAUUUAUUGCAGUACAAACAGUUGGUAGUCUUCUCAAAGUGCUAGCCAGUAUAUGUUGCAUUUGUGGUAUGCUGCUGAAUGGGUUUUUGGAUCUGUAUAUGACAAGGUACCAGCUUGUACUGGAUUGGAGGAAAGGUUGCUGUAUAUUUUCAGAUAAAGAUUCUGUGCCUUAGAAAAUCUGCAGUGAGAUUAGUGCCUGCUAACAGAGGUUCAUGUAAUUAAAUUGUUAAUUUAAAAAUUUUGUGGUUUCUAUUUUCCUUCUGUCUUGGACUAGCUUUACUUUGGCAGAACAGAUUCUGUAUACAUAUGUACUAAUAUGAUGUGCUAAUAUGAUGUUAAUAUUUUUGAAGUGAUUUUAAGAGUUUUUUUAACCUCAAUAUAUAGAAAAGUGUAUUCAUUUUCAGUGAAUAUAUGAAGUUGUUAAGAAGUUAUGCAAUUCUAGCCUUGGCAGUGUGAUAAUUCUUUCUCUGGAUCCUUGUGUGCCUACAGACUCUGCAACUGCUCCUUGCCAUUUUCACAGGCUGUGGGGCCAAAUCUGUGAUACCUGACACAGCUGGGGGCUCCCUGUGCCCACCUUUCCUAGUGCAAACCCAGACACCAGCCACUGUCCUAAAAGGCUCCAGGAUGAGGGCAAAGCUUAUGGAGUGCCAGCUCUCUAGGGUUUCUCCAAAUACUCCAUCUGCAUUUUUGACUCUUACAGUAGUUGUGUUUGCUAGUGCAGUGCUCCUUGAAGAGUGUUACAGCAAGGCUAAUGUCCCCAGCUCUGGAAAUAGGAUGCAUUCCCAUGACUGCUGUGCCAAGGAGGCUUCUGUCCAUUUUUUUUUUGCUAUUCCACAGUGCAGCUCGGGAAGUUACUGUGCCAAUUGCUCCUUUUGUUUUCAGACCAUAUGAUAUACGUAGUGUCCAGUUUUCUUGAAGUUAACACCAUCUGAUACUCAUUUUCAAGGAGAAAACCAGCAUAUCCAGCCUGGGAGAAGAACAAUGGUAUUUUUUGUAGGUGGAGGGAAUCUUCAUGGCAAGCAGAGACCAUGGCAGCUUCCCUCUUCAGGAGAAAUGGAACAAAAAACUCUUCACCUUUUUCUGAAGACAUUUGAAACAAGGCUCUGAGAGCCUCUGUGAAGCUGAAUUAUUUGGAUAGAUUGGUUCUGUAGCUGCAAGGUUUUUUUGGUGGAGAUGCUUCAGUACAGCUUCAGAAGGAGAUGAUAAGAGAAGUGGAACAAUGCUGCAGCUUCUGAAGCAACUCAAAAGACUUCAAGAAACAGAGGUUUUCUUCAGGCUUGGGCAGCUAAUAAUGAAAAUUUGUUGACACAUCAGGCACUGUGAAAUGUGAGUAAACACCAACUGAACUUAAACUGAUAGCUCAGAUGUUCAGAAAAUCUCUGACUGUAGAACAGUUCAUCCUGGAUUGUCUUUCAAGGGAUGACAAUGACAGUGAACUCUUGCUGACAAAUGAGGAAGAUUGCCUCUGAAAAUUGGUGCUGUGUUAAGUCAUCAUUCUACUGUUUCUAUAAUGAACCAAAUUUGAUUACAAUCAUUAUGUGUAUUGGGGGGAAAAGGCAGUAAAAUUACAUACAGGUUUGAUUUGAGGAAAUUAUCUUAAAAAUUUGUCAAAACCAGAAAAAUAGUGUCUGGAAUGUAAUUAAUUUGCAGUGAGCACAUUGCAUUGCUUCAGAUGCUGGCACAAGAGUAGCUGCAGUACUUGGCUUUCCUGGAGAUGCAGGAUGAUCUGGAAAAGAAGAAUUAAUGUCAGUAUAAAAGUGCAGGUAAUGUUGAGGGUAGUGGCAGGCAGUGCUCCUUCCCAGAAGAGCUGACAGGGAGGUUGUGACAAAGCCACCCCUCUGCUAUUGUGCUGUUCCUGUUCUCCAUGCAGACUGGUGCUCGUGAAGUGCUGAUUCUUUUACAAAUAGUUUGUGAUAAACUUAGUGCAGCCAGUGUGAGAGUAAGUCCAGAGAAAUGUAAUGUGUUCCAUAAAGAGCAAUUUAUUGUGAACCUGGAGUCAGCACAGGAAGAGGUGUUUUUAUCAUUGGAGAGAAGGAGAAGCUGUGUAGUGCUGGCUCAGUCUGGUGACAGGAAGCUCUUUUGCCAGCUUGCUAAUGUUAGAGAAUCAGGACAAAAAGAUGCAAUGCUUUCAGUCUUGUUCUUUUCAGGCUUGAAAGGUUCUUGUUCCUGUUUAUGGGUUAGCUUGCUCAUUUAUCCAAGCCCCUUUGGCCACUGGUCACAGAUGUUUGUGCUUUUGCUUUGGGUGUGAGAACAGUGCAGGACUGUCUUAAGAGCAUGGAAGAUGAUUACAGCUGAAUUCUUUGUUCUUGUAGGAUAAAUGGUUGUACCAGUUGAAAAGGACCCUGGCAAUGGCUACAGCCAUUUUCAUUUUGAGAAAUGUUGUUUAAGGACAGCCACAAUUCCUUGUUAGACUGGAAAAAUCUGAAAGCUUGUUUUCCCAAUAGCUGCACAAAUGCCAGGACCCUCAGGCCUGGGCACAGGCAUGGUGGUACCAGAGCCCUACAGAGAUGAGCUUGCUGACAGGCCAGUUCUCUUGCAGCAGCUGAGUGGGAAUGGCUGUCCAGGCAUGCUCAGGAGGAGAUGUCAACCCCUGUGUAAGGGACAGAAGGGCAAAUGUUACAGAGGAAAAGAAUUCUCAAAAAUACUAGCAUAAGAUGUGAUUAGAAAACCUUUGAGCAAACAGAGGCACCUUGCUAAGAAAUCUGAUUCCAUUACUGCCAAAGGCAUUUUCUGGCUGCACUGACUGAGGUGAAGUUCAACAAAUGAUGUAGCAAGAGCAGUCAUUAGCUGGGCAGGCUGUGGCUGUCUCAGAAUGUCAAGACUGAAGCAGAAGCAGGAUUUCUGUACAACAAAAAGUUGGCAGAAAACUGCUGAAAAGAAAUACUGUGUUUUCAUUGCACAGGAGGCUUCCUGUGAGACGAGAAUCUCAGGGAGUAGUUCUGGGACAAAUAUGUGUAAGCAGUGAGCUACUUUUUAAACAUUUAAAAGUCAUAUAAUUAGGAACCAAUGAAUAGCAGGAAUAAUAGAGGGACAAAUAUUGCAGUGAGCUGGUUCUUUAUGGUGAGAGUAUCAGACCAAAGGGAACAUCAUCUUCAGAGGAGUCCACAGAAUUUGUGUCACUGUUAGAAAUGUGCAAAGAUUGUUUGGGGCUGGAGGGCAGAGUCACAGCAGAGACUGGAAUGGGUUUGUGCUGCUGGUUCCUUUGAACUGUUUUCUUCAGGGCACUUCUGAAAAAAGCAGGAAUUUUCAGGGAAGCCUGUGCCUGUGGAGCUCAAUUGAUGUAAGAAUGCAAUGAAUUCAAUGAAUGGAGAUAAGCAUUUUUAAUCCUUAUCAAAUAAUUUUAUCAGGGCUCUUCAUUUAGAAGAUGAAGUGGUCUUCAUCUUUAGAAUGCUUUAGUCUUGGUAGCUUCAGAAGACAAAGAUAUAUUUUCUUUGCUGUAGCUGUGAGCAGCAGCACAAGAACUCUGUAUUUUCUUGUCUUCUGACAAAGUAAACUUGUUCUCUGGAGCAAACUCUGAUUUUCCAUCUCUUCCCAUAACUUCUCCCACCACAUGUUUCUUGCUGCAGGUGGACUGAUACAAAAACAAGUACAGGAUUAAUACAGGAAGGUGUAAUGGGGGCUUAAACCUAAACCACAGCACUCCUCAGGGGAGGAUUAACACACUCCUCAAACCAAACCACCAAAGAAACAGCCCUGCCAGCAACAGGCUCACAGCAGAAGUCACUGGGAAGUCUUUCUGUUGGAAGCAGAACAUGGUCCAGCUUUGUUAAAAAAGUAACCUCUCUGACACUGGUGAGGGAUGUAAGGUCAGGCCAGGUAAUGUGAGAGACGAAUUUCACUUCUGUUGCAGAAAGGAUCACUACUACUUAAUGAGGACUUAAAGAAGGGGUUUUUUACACGCACAAAAAAGUUUCUGUUAGGCUUCUGAUCUAGAAAUGUAUCACUUUCUGUGGUAAUCCCUUCCUUAGGACUGAUAAAAUUGUAUUUUUGAGACUAAGAGUUUAUAUGUUGUCUGAAAUGUUUCAGAGUUGUAUUAUUUGUUGCAAUUAGAAGGUUGGUGAUGGCAAGGGCUAGUUCCAAACAUACUGUUUUAAUAGUUAGGAGUACUGGGGUUUGUACAAGAUCUAAGGUUUGCUUACCAUUAGUGGCUUGUUCUCACAGGAAUCUUUAUGCAUGGCUCUUGGAUCCUUGUAAAGAACCUGUAUCUCUGGCAGCUGUGUCACCAUGAUCUUUGGCAAUAGUAAUGAAAAACUGCUUCCCCCUUGAAAUCUUACUCUUUUUUAAGAAUCUCUAUAAAGGCUGUUUGCAGGUUUUCCAGCUGUGCUGCUCCAGCAGAGAGCGCUUUUGUUACUGUUGGCACAGAGCCUGUUGAAUCAUCUGCAGCUCAGCUCCACUCUACAGAACCCUAUUCCCUUCUAAUUUUCUUUCUAAUGCUUGGUUAAGUGUCUCUUGAAACAGUACACAUCUAUUCUGUUUACUUUCUCGAUAUCUUGCUCUAUACAAAGGCAUUUUAAACAGCUUUUGCACUGUAAAUUUCGCAUGAUUUUUGAAGGCUGUGUGGGGAGAUUACCAUAAUCCUUUCUCUUUAAAAAAAAUUCUUGCAUUGAUGGAUCAUGGUGAAAAAGUUAUUUGACACACUAUUUAAGUCAAAUGUGUUUGUCUCAACAAAGCAGUGAAAACCAAUGUGAAAAUAAUGAAUGGUUAAAUGUCAUGCUAAAUGUCUAUUUCAGACAAACUACUGAGUUUCAAAGUUUCUAACUUAGAAAAGCCCAAAAGGGGUUUUUGAUCUUGGGCUUGAAAAAGUUGUACUUGGUUUAAAUUUAAGAGUACUCAAGAAAAACUCUUCUUUCUGUAAAAUAAGAAAGCGAGGAAGAAUUGGUUUUGAAAAAUUGCAUUUUUCUUUUAAUAGCAUGGACUUCUAACCUUCUUUCAUGGAAGGUUACAAAAAUAAGGCUGGAAUGUGCCUUCCCAAGGUGACCCAGCCCACUGGCUGCCCCAGGCCAGCCAGGCUCGCACCAUUCCUGUCAGACCUCUUGGCUUUAAAGCAGAGCUGGAAGGGGAGACAGUGAUGCAGUGACAGUGACUGCUCAGAAGGCCCCAGCAGCCCUUCUGCCAGGGCUGGCAGCUUGGUGCUUCAGUGAAUCAGUACAAACCAGCAAAAACAUGCAGUUAAAUGAGAGAGUUUAACUUUCUUCAUCUUGGGGAAGCAUAUAACCCUCUCCAGCAGCUCCAUGGUCUGUAGUUUGUGUUCACACAGAGCGAGGACUCCUGUGUAAGCACAGGUGUGCAUGGCUCAGGAUGACAUAUUCAGGGUUAUAAAAUGGGAUUUACCUCAGGAUUUGCCUUGGUUCUUUGGUUGUGGCAUAGCCAAGGGAAUAUAAAAAGAUUUCAUGCAAUUUAAAAAAAAUUAACUAAUUCUAGACCAAAUUACAGAAUUAUAGCAAAAGACAAUUUCUGAGGCAAAUUUGUCUGGUCACAGAACCUGCUAGAGUGCACUGCAGCCAAGUUUCCUUGGAACAGACUUAUGCUGAGGAUUGUAUUGCUGCUGAACUGGGGUAUCUCUGGACAGCAUUUAACACUAAGGCCCUGCAGUUUACUCAGAAGUUAAAUUUGCCUUUAAAACCAACUUUUUUUCUCAAGCUUAUUCAAAAGGAAUGAAAAUACCAUUAUACUCGAGAGAAGCAAUGGGGAUCCUAGAGAUGGAAUCAACCCACUCUGUGUGUUCAGGGUUUUAAUUAAAGGACCUAAUUUAAUUUUUCACAACAUACGGAGCUGAAGGAUAAUGGUCUUGUUCACUGAAAAUACCUAAUGUGAUUUGCUUAUAGGGCAAAUGCUUCCAGGGCUGGAUAUGGCCAUAUGGUAGGAAACUUCACCUUUGCCUGCUUUGGCUGCAGCAGGACAGUAAUGCUGGGGGUGAUGCAGCUGAACUGCUCUGAAAUUCAGAGUGUAAUAAAUAAUGUGAACUGGCUUAAAUUAAUCAGUUGGGUUUUAUUUGGAAUAUAUUGUAGACCCUGAUUUUUUUCUUUUCUUUCUCAUGCUGCAAAAAUCCCUUAGAUUUUAAUAGCAUUGUGCUGAAGGUAACCUGAAAACCUAUCACAUUUAAUAACAGCACUAAUUCCCAUUAAACUCUCCCAGAUUUUUUACCAGAACUGUGUUUAUAUCCCAGAUUGUGCAUACACAGUUGAGCAUUAAGAACCAGAAAUACUAGCAGCUGGGAAAUUUGCUCCCCUGGCACUUGGGAAGGAAUCCAUUUCCGGUGAUCUGCUCCAUCUUGAACAUUUGUUUGUUUUUUCAGUUAUGUUUCAUAUGGCUUUUGAUUGCUAAAUUAGUAGCUCUUCUGUUUUACAAGAAUAAGGUUUACUGACUCUCUUGGUUAAUGCUGUAGGGUUUUGGGGAAGCUCUGUGUGACUGGUUCUGUUUCUGAUAUCAUGCUAAAGGAUGCUCUUUAAUCUGGGGCUGCAUUUGCCUUAGGAAGGCAUUCACCCAGCAGGAGAGUGCCGUGACCUCGUCCGUGCUGCGGGCUCGCUCGGCUUUGCUCCCACAGCAGCAACACCCAGCAGCAGGCCAAGUGCAUUCAGUGCACUCCUAGAGUGCAUCCUCCGAGCUGAGCUUCAUCUGAAAGGAAUCCAGCUGGUGCACUCUGGAAACCAAAGUGGAGAAUGCCAGGCUGAUAGGGAGAGUCACUUCAAACGCUGCCUCCUGCUCCAAACUGAAAUACUUGGGCAGGCACACCCUGCCCGUGCCAGGGCCCUGCUCGCUCAGCACCCCAGCCCUCCCAAAAUACACCCUGCUGGGAAAACAGCUCUCCUCAAUGCUUCUGCUCUUGGUAGCACGCCAGUACCGCCCUCUAAAGUCUGCUCUUCCUCACCUUAGGUUGUCUCUUUCAUAUUAAUUGAUUCACUGGUUCUUACAUUACAAAGGGUGGUGGAGGAGAGUAAAUUGCAGCACUGAUCAUUGCUUGUGGAUUCCCUGAAUGGUAAUGCUUCUCCUUAGAGAUGCUGCAUUCAUUCCUGCAAGAAUCUACACAUGUGGAUGAAAUUCAGCUAUGUAUUAAUGCCACCACAGGCAAUGGAAAGUCUGCUAUCUAUGAGCUAAUUGCACAUGUGAAUUUACAGUGCCGGGACAAUAGCAGUGAGCCUCUGUUUCUUGAUGGGGAUGAUGCCUUGUGCACCUUGCAGCAGAGUAAGGAAAAGGAUUUAUGCUUUUUUUACUCCUAGAAAGAAUGGAUUCCUUUAUACUUCUAUGCUCUCUUCUCAGGAAAACAUAACUGAAUUUUGCAAGCUUACAAAUGCAUUUUUUCAUUUUAAUAUAGAUGUCUUAAAAGAUUAAUUUCUCCCUGAAGACAUUUGGGCAAGGUGGAAAGAGAGAUUGAUCAUUUCCAGAUGUUCUUUGCUGACAGGCAAGAAAAAUUCUGCUUCAGGUUAAUGCUUGUGAAUGCACUUAAAAAAUAUCCAUUUUGUAUACAAAUCUGCCAGGGAGAGCACAAGCCAGUGCAGCAGGGGCUGAGAUGCACAGAUUUGCAGUGUCAUAGCUGCAUUAAUAAGGUAGGGCUUGCCCCUGCUGACUGGGCUGAAAGCCUGGGGAAGUUCCCUCCCUGUAAUCUCCUAUGGACAGGCAGGGGAGAUGUCUGUGCUUUUCAGACAGAAACACCACGUGCAGAGUGCUUUGAGGUAGACACUUGGCUCCACAGCGUUUGCUGAAUCAGACGUAUUAAAAUAGAUAAUUCACUGUUUCUUUGAUGUUUUAGGAACAUUUCAUACUGGGAUUCCUAAACAUUGCACACUGAAUUCUGGCAAGACUUGGCCCAGUGAAUGACAAGUAGUUUGACUUCAGGCUUCUGGGAAGUACCCCAGAUUAGCAAAACGGGGAGCUGGUGUCCUACUGUCGUUCUAGGACACGAAAUAGAACGACAUGGACACUGGAAUCUCUAAGGUAAAAAAGAGGGAAAGUUUAAUUCUGCUUUAACAUUUAUAGAUUUUUAAAAGUGACAGUGGAUUGGAGGAUGACAGUGCCACCUCUAAUGACACUGGACAAACCAACAGUCUAUCAAGUUUUUCUUCUUCUAGAAAAGAAUGUAAAACAAUUCAUUAUUUACAUAAAGUUUGUGAGAAAGUUUGUUACAAGAAUGUAAACAUCAGAAGGCUCAGAAGAGCAUAGAAAAACAGGGUGACAUCCUACAUGUCACCUGGGAGGACAGGCAGGCCCAUGGAGCAGCUGGUGUCCUGCUCCCUGUGUGUCCCUCUGGCUUCCCACAGCAGUUCCUACCCCCUGCACAGUGGAGGCUCACUCUGGUACUGGCUGUCUUGCCUUGCAGUAAUCUCCAGUGGCUACAAAUGAGGACUCUUAGUGGUGAAAGAUAAGCAUCAAUCAGUUCUGUAGGAAGUCCUGAUGCCUGGGAAGUGCAGAUUCUUCUCCGUUUGUUCUGGUCUCUAAGGCAACAGCAGCCUGAGCAUGAGAAGUAACGGAGCUCAUGCCUGUCAGCAGCAAAGGAAAUGCCUCCUUGGGAAGCAGUCCUUCCUAACAACUGUUGUCCUUCUCAAAUGGUGUGUGGAACCAGAAAUGCCACUGGAGACCAGGAUGCCUUUAUGAGUCACAAGCUGGUUUUCACUGGUGGACAGAGGAGGUGGGGGCAGUCAGUGGAACCAGCCCUGCAUGUUGCCUCCUUGUGCACAUUGAAUCCUGAAGGAAUAGGUUUCCACUGGAAAGAGGACUCUGACCCUGUGAGGGGCAAAGCUCAGGGUCCUGGGAGCGUUUUGGGCAAAGCCCCUCUGAAGGGCCAAGGAACAGGUGUGUGAGGGCUGCAGUGGAUGUGAGGUCUAGAGAUGGUGAAGGUCCCCUUCAGGAAAUGAAUCUUCUAUGGACUGUGUCGUGGCACUUGUCCCAGUGUCCCAAACCUCAGCUAUAACAGAGUAAGAGGGGGAAAGACAGGAGGUAAAACUAGGGGGCAUGAUUCUCUGGGGUUUUUCAGGUAAAGCAGGUAAAUAUCGAAGGGUCUUCACUGAGCCCCUAUAUUCUCUAGAAAGGAAUAAUAUGCUAGCUUGGAGCAUUAAUUGAGUUCUUGUGUUUCAGAAGCAGGAAAAGGAGAUAUGGAAGAUGACUCUGAAGUCAAAUUUUGGAGUACUUUCUAUGAGAAAAAGAUGUUGAUAGGAGGAAGGGGCAGGACUGGGGAAGAAAAAGGAACACUGCAGUUUUUGUCCUUAAAGAAGGACAACAUGCUGUGCAAAAGAGAGCUUUGAAUCCUGAGACAAGGUGUUGAUGAUACCGAGGUGUUAAAGCUCUGAGACUCAAUACAGUAGUUAACAAAACAUCCA